AUGGCUUUAUGGAGGGCUGCUUCACCAACCACUCUGCCUGCAACCCCCGUUAGUGCCUUCACGAUGCGCUCCACGGCCUGUAAAUAUCACGGCAGGUCACUGAUGGAACGUUCGAAUAAAAUUUGUUUCUGUUUACAGGUAAAUAAUGGAGCGUGGAGUCUUCCUGGGUUUGUAUGUGACUUUUACAUAGCGAUGGAUGUAAUGUGCAGUACGAGUUCGAUCUUCAAUUUGGUAGCGAUAUCAGUAGACAGAUACAUAGCGGUGACCCGGCCGAUAAAGUACGCCAAACACAAGAACAAUAGAAGAGUGUGGUUGACGAUACUGUUGGUUUGGGCGAUAUCAGCGGCGAUCGGGAGUCCGAUUGUUCUCGGCUUAAAUAAUACACCAGAUAGGACGCCGGAUCUCUGCAUGUUCUACAAUACGGACUUCAUUAUGUACUCAAGCCUAUCCAGCUUUUUGAUUCCGUGCAUCAUAAUGAUCUUCUUGUAUUAUAGUAUUUUCAAGGCACUACGAAAUAGAGUGAGGAAGCAGAGGGCCAAUAGAAAGUCAAAUACAAUGGACACAAAAUCGGGAAGUAUAAUUGAGAACAUUCCUCAUACUAGAAGUGGGUAUUCUGUGGCAAGGUUCGCCGAAACUGCACUGGGGGCAGCAGCCCUGGUGGCGCCGGGAAUAGAAGAGCCAACGAACACGGCAUCUGGGAGUAACGAGGAUGAGGACGAUACGCCGCUAGAUCCUGUGGUGGUCAUCUCGAACGAAAAAAGCACCGAGUACUUUCUAGCAACUGUCGUGGAGGAAGCAGCUUGUCGGUUCAGUGUAGUAGCUCAGGCCCAGCUAAAUUCGGCGUCAACAGUGACAGUAAGGAAGGAUUCAAGCUACGAUGGAGCGACGAGUAGUGCGUUACUUCACGAAGCGAUAGAGAUGAACUCGAGUCCAAGUCCUAAUCCUAGGGGUACUUCCGGACCAUCCUCAUCAACUUCAUCAUCCCCACCUCCACGUGGCACAGCUUGUUCCAAUUCCCAGUUGAAGCGAAAUGGAAACAGCACAUUUAAGCAAGAUGUGAAGAGGUUCAAGACUGCAGGAUCUCUCUUCCCCUUCCAACUGGGAAGGUCAUCCAGCUUUCUGACAGGAACUUCAUGUAAGAAGGACCACAAGAUGGCCUCCUCUGGGUCAAGGUUCACGAUAUACAAAGCCAAUAAGGCUAGCAAGAAAAAAAGGGAAAAGAGUUCGGCAAAGAGGGAACGAAAAGCGACCAAGACUUUAGCUAUUGUAUUGGGUGUCUUUCUCAUUUGCUGGGUGCCCUUUUUCACCUGCAACCUAAUGGAUGCCCUCUGUACGAAAUUUAAGGAAAAUUGCCAGCCUGGUGUCACAGCUUUUAUUCUCACCUCGUGGCUUGGUUAUAUGAAUAGUUUCGUCAAUCCCGUGAUCUACACCGUGUUCAAUCCCGAAUUCCGGAAAGCCUUCCGUAAGCUGGUUCGACUUUAGUUAUUUAAAUUUAAUUGCUCACAAACACACGGAAAUUCGCGAAUUAUUCCAUACAUGAUUCAAGAAAAACAAAGCUUUUAAUUUCCGAAAAUCUUUAUUGCUCUCACAGCAAUAGCUAUUUCUCCCUUUUCCUAAAAAAUUAACCAAUCAAAACACAUCUGCGUACAUACUUCAAAAUAUAGAAAACUGCGAAUCUAAAUUUUCAUGACCAAAUUACCUUUUCUAAUUUCACUAAAACGUCUUCGAAAUUUGCAAUCCUCUAAUCAAGAAGUGUACAUUUUUGAGUAAAUUUGGUCCAUUUCGAAAAUAACUUGAUAGUAAACUUAGCUGAAAUACGAGCUUUUUAUCGAUUAGAAAUUAAAAUGUGUCAAGAAUAAUA